AUGUCGCAAGACAAAAGUGGUGAAACCCCAGAAAAAAUUGAUUUAACACCAGAAAAAAAUGGUGGCGUUUUGAAAGAGAUUUUGAAAGCUGGUGACGAAAAUGAAGGAUCUCCAUCAACCGGAGACAAAGUUUUUGUUCAUUAUGUUGGGACUUUGUUGAAUGGGGAAAAAUUUGAUUCGAGUCGUGAUCGAGGAGAGAAGUUUGAAUUUACUUUGGGAACAGGACAAGUAAUCAAGGCAUGGGAUCUAGGAGUGGCGUCGAUGAAGAAGGGGGAAGUGUCAAGGUUGACUUGCCAGUCAGACUAUGCUUACGGGGAUUCUGGUUCUCCACCAAAAAUUCCACCCAAAGCAACCCUCAUAUUUGAAGUGGAAUUGUUCUCUUGGAAAGGUGAAGAUUUGACCGAGAAAAAAAAUGGUGGAAUUAUACGGAGUAUAAAGAAACAGGGGGAUGGAUUUAAAACACCUAAAGAUGGGUCAACAGUUAACAUUCAUCUAGUAGGAAAAUAUAAAGGGAGGAUAUUUGAGGAACGAGACGUGGAGUUUAUAGUGGGUGAACCAGAGGAACAGAAUGUUAUAGAGGGUAUUGACAUUGCUGUGACCAAAAUGAAGAAGGGAGAGAAGUCAGUAUUUAAAAUUGCCCCAACCUUUGCUUACGGUCAGGUUGGAAAUAAGGACUUUGAUAUUCCAGCAGAGGCUCAUCUGGAAUAUGAAGUUUAUUUAUCCUGCUUUGAAAAUGCUAAAGAAGCGUAUGAAAUGGACCCACCAGAGAAACUUGAACAGUCAGAGAUUAUGAAAGCUAAGGGAGGGAACCUGGUGAAGGCAGGUAAAUAUCUUAGAGCUAUAAAAUGUUAUAAAAAGAUCAUAGAUUAUCUAGAACACGAGACAACAUCUACAUUAGAGGAGGCAGAAAAAACAAAACGAGAUUUUCUCAUGUUAGCAGCUCAUCUUAACCUGGCUUUAUGUUACCUCAAAACAGAAGAGUUCAACUCAGUUUGUGAUGAGUGUGAAAAGGCGUUGGAAUUUGACCCUAAAAGUACAAAGGCUUAUUUCAGACGAGGACAGGCAUAUUUUAGUAAACAUGAGUACGAACUGGCUAAAGCUAAUUUUGAGAAAGUUUUAGAGUGUGAACCAGAGAACAAGGCUGCUAAGAAUCAAAUUAUCUUGAGUAAACAGAAAAUAAAACAAUUUAAAGACAAAGAAAAGAAGACUUACUCUGGCAUGUUUACGAAGUUUGCUCAACAAGAUAUCAAGGUAGGUUGA